AUGGCCCACGAUGCCGUGCACUGGCUGGCCGCCAGGGAUACGAGCGACGACCCGCAGGACACCACGCCGACACUAUCUGGUCUGCUCACCACCCUAAUCCCUGCUCUCGUCUCCUUCGUUGUGAUGGUGUUGCUCUUCAUCAUCCUGCGCAAGAGCAAUCGCAGGAUGUACAUGCCGCGAACCUACAUUGGAUACCUCCGUCCCUGGCAGCGCACCCCCGAUUCUCCAACCGGAUCCUGGAACUGGAUCAAGGCGAUGUACCAGUUACCCGACACCUACGUCUUGCAGCAUCACUCGAUGGACGCCUACCUCAUGCUUCGCUUCCUCAAACUGUGCUCCGUGAUGUUGUUCGUGGGCUGCUGUAUCACUUUCCCGAUCUUGUGGCCCGUCAAUGCCACAGGCGGUGGUGGAAAGAUCCAACUGAACCUUCUGAGCAUCUCAAAUAUCGACGAGACUCAAUACGGUCGUUACUAUGCGCAUUGCUUCCUCGCCUGGAUCUAUGUCUCCUUCAUCUUCUUCAUGAUAACUCGCGAGCACCUAUUUUAUAUCAACCUCCGCCAGGCGUACCUGUUCUCACCCGCCAACGCGAGCCGCAUCUCGUCUCGCACCGUUUUGUUCACAGCCGUUACCCAGGACCUCCUGAAUAAGGAAAAGCUUCGCACCAUGUUUGGCCGCGACAAGGUCAAGAAUGUCUGGAUCGCAACCGAUACCAAGGAGCUCGAGGAGAAGGUCAAGGACCGCGAUGCUGCUGCGAUGAAGCUCGAGGGUGCGGAGACCAAGCUCAUUGUGCUUGCUAAUAAGACGCGCAGCAAGGCUCUUAAGAAGAAAGGCUCGGCCGAGAACCCCGAGACUGACAUUGGCGAUGGCCAGUUUGAUGAUGAGUCUGGCUCCGUCGCUGCUCGUUGGGUGGAGGCUAAGAAACGACCCACACACCGUCUCACGAUGCUUAUUGGCAAGAAGGUCGACACUAUCAAUUGGGCGCGUUCGGAAAUCGAGCGUCUCUCUCCCGAAAUCGAGGAGUUGCAGGCCCAGCACCGUGCUGGAGAAACCAAGCUGGUCUCCUCCGUUUUUGUCGAGUUCUACCAUCAGUCUGAUGCUCAGUCUUCCUUCCAGUCUGUGGCUCACAACCUCCCCCUGCACAUGAGCCCUCGUUACAUUGGUUUAGACCCUACUCAGGUCAUCUGGUCCAACCUGCGCAUCAAGUGGUGGGAACGCCUCGGUCGCUACGCUGCCACCAUGAGCUUUGUUUGUGCUAUGAUCAUCUUCUGGGCUAUCCCUACUGCAGUUGUUGGUGCCAUCUCCAACAUUGACUCUUUGACCAAGAUCGUUCCUUUCCUGAAGUUCAUUGACAGCGUUCCGUCAUGGAUUAAGGGUGUUAUUACCGGUCUCUUGCCCACUGUCAUGAUGGCAGUCCUUCUGGCGCUGGUGCCUAUCAUCCUUCGCCUGAUGGCUAAGUUCGGGGGUGCACCUAGUCUACCAGCUGUUGAACUGACCGUCCAAAACUGGUUCUUCGCAUUUCAAGUUGUUCAGGUCUUCCUAGUGGUGACCGUUGCCUCAUCGGCCACCAGUGUCGUCAGUAGUAUCAUUGACAAACCCUCGUCGGCCGCCUCGCUGCUAGCCCAGAAGAUCCCCACCGCGUCCAACUUUUACAUCUCAUAUAUCAUUCUACAAGGAUUGUCUUUCAGCGCCGGUGCUCUACUUCAGAUUGUCGGCCUGAUUCUGGGCAAGAUCCUCGGCAGAUUACUGGAUAGCACCCCUCGCAAGAUGUACACGCGUUGGUCAAGCUUGGCUGGUCUCGGAUGGGGCACUGUCUACCCUGCAUUCACAUUGUUGACUGUUGUCGCGAUCGUCUACUCUUGCAUUGCACCGCUUGUCAUGGGCUUCGGUACCAUUGGUCUAUACCUCUUCUAUUUCGCCUACCGGUACAACCUGUUGUACGUGUCGAACUCAACCAUCGACACCCAGGGUAGAUGCUACACCCGUGCUCUGCAGCAGCUCACUGUCGGCUGCUACCUGUCCAUGGUUUGCCUGAUUGGUCUGUUCGCCAUUGGCACCGGUGCCAAUACGAUGGCUCUCGGUCCCCUGAUUCUGAUGAUCAUCUUCUUGAUCUUCGUCAUUCUAUUCCAUCUCUCUAUGAACAGCGCCAUGGAGCCCCUCCUAAACUACCUUCCCAAGAACCUCGAGGCAGAGGAGGAGGGUCUGCUCGCCGCUGAGAAGGCCAACAUCAGUACUCUGAACGAGAACUCCAAGACCGAUGACAUGUCCGGUCCCGGUGGCUCCAUCUCGGCCUCCCGUGACAGUGGCGUCGCCAACGUGGACAACAGCCUCGGCAGCGUCGACUCCGCCGAGAAGGGUCUCACCGAGAAGUCGCCGCCAGCGCCCAAGCCGAACUUUUUGACCAAGUUCCUGCGUCCGGACCUGUACCAUAACUACCACCAGCUGCGCAAGUUGGUUCCCAGCUCCUCGGAAAUCCCUACUUACCCUGCUGAGGUCGAGCGUGACGCCUACUGCCACCCGGCCGUCAGCUCGCACCCCCCUCUUCUCUGGAUUCCCCGCGACCCUCUCGGAGUCAGCGCCCAAGAAGUCGCUCACACUUCUCGUGUCAUUCCCAUCACGGACGAGGAUGCCUAUCUCGAUGAGAACUGCAAGAUCCAAUGGAACGAGGAGAAGGGAGAGCCCCCCAUCUACGAGGAGAAGGUUACCUACUAA